UGAAUAGCCCGAAGAAAGAGGGGGGCCCUAUAGCCUUAGGUUUAGUCUUUCUCUGCGACUUUUGCAUUUCAUCUUCUUCAUCGUCUCACAAAAAAGACAUACCAUAAAAAUAUUUACCAUUCUGAGGAGCUUCCGGCGAUUAGGAUCUGCUGCACUCGUCAUCAAUUCAUCUUUCUCUCCCUCUAAAAAGAAUGUGAAUUUGUGCAGGCUGAUCUGAUCUUUUAUGCCGUUGCUGGGUCUCGUUUUGGGAUUGGAUAAUUAUCAUCAUCAUCUACUUCUAUCCAGCUCAUGCAAUAUAUUUGUUCUCUGUUUGUUGGUAAGAAUACGAAUAUAACACAAGCAUAAGAGAGAGAGAUGCAGAAGAGUGGGAGUCUUUCCAGGAAUAGUAUUAAUACGCCGUCGUCUUUGAGACUGGUAACUCCUCAACAGUCCCUGAGGCGCUUGGGUUUGUGUUCCCAAAUCGCCACAGGGGGUCAGCACUCCUCCCCUAUUGUCUUCCCUGAAAAACGUAACAAGGCCAAGGCUUCUUCACGCCGCAGCAGCGAGAUCGGUGCUCCCACCCCAGCAACUCCUACUGAUGAUCCGGACAAAGCCAAGACCUUCGAGCACAGGAUUGACAUGGGAGGACCAGCAGCUGCAGGCGGAGAUGAAAAGUCUGAUUUGUUAGGAUGUGUGGUCUUCUCGGGAAAGGUAGUUUGGGAUAAGAGGAAGACCUCCAAUAAGAAUGCCACCGAUGUACAGCAAAGCUCUACUACUGAUAUUACCAACCAAGAAGCCGUUGAUGCUAAACUUACCAGCAGGGCUUUAGUUUGGGGUUCUCACAUGCUGCCUCUUGAUGAUGUCGUCUCCGUUUCUUACAAUGUUGGUCUCAGACAUUUUACCGUGCAUUCAUACCCAUUAAAGAAAGGUUCAUGUGGCCUCUCUUGUUUUAUCAAACCUCGAAGAAGUCGCAAGGAUUUUCGCUUCUUGGCUCCUACCACCGAAGAAGCAGUUCAGUGGGUUGGUGGGUUUGCAGAUCAACAGUGUUUCGUUAAUUGUUUGCCUCACCCUUUGGUUUCUUCAAAGAAGCAGGCUUCUUCAGAAUUACUUCCACCUGAUACUCCUCCUGAACUACUCUUCAAAUGUAAGAAUCCGCCGAAAAUGCUUGUGAUAUUAAACCCACGGUCGGGACGUGGUCGUUCUAGUAAAGUUUUCCAUGGCAUUGUGGAACCAAUAUUUAAGCUUGCAGGGUUUCAAUUGAAGGUCAUAAAAACAACAUCUGCUGGUCAUGCUAGGGAACUUGCAUCCGAUGCUGACAUCAACAUUUGUCCUGAUGGAAUUAUAUGUGUGGGAGGCGAUGGAAUUAUUAAUGAGGUUCUAAACGGUCUACUCAGUAGGGACAACCAGAAAGAGGGAAUUUCUAUCCCAAUUGGAAUUAUACCUGCUGGUUCCGAUAAUUCAUUAGUUUGGACUGUUCUUGGAGUCAGAGAUCCUGUUUCUGCUGCUAUGGCUAUUGUGAAGGGAGGUCUUACCGCUACAGAUGUUUUUGCUGUUGAGUGGAUUCAGAGGGGUGUUAUUCACUUUGGGAUGACAGUCUCAUACUUUGGCUUUGUUAGUGAUGUGUUGGAACUUUCUGAUAAGUAUCAGAAGCGCUUUGGUCCUCUGCGUUAUUUUGUUGCGGGAUUUCUCAAGUUUUUAUGCUUACCAAAGUACAGCUAUGAAUUGGAAUAUCUUCCAGCAUCAAAAGAGGACCGGGAGGGAAACUUAUCAGCUGAGCGGGAAGUAGUUGACAUGUCAGAACUGUACACAGACAUUAUGAGGAGAUCAAGCAAAGAUGGCAUCCCCAGAGCCUCUAGUUUAUCUAGUAUCGACUCAAUAAUGACCCCUAGUCGAAUGUCCGGAGGAGACUUGGAUACAACCUGUAGUAACACUCAUGCCAGUACUGAACCAUCUGAGUAUGUGCGUGGCCUAGAUCCAAAAGCAAAACGCCUGUCAUCUGGGAGAAGCAAUGUAACAGCAGAGCCCGAAGUUAUUCAUCCCCAGAUACCUCUAUCAGCGACUCCAAACUGGCCAAGGACCAGGUCGAAGUCGAGGACCGAUAAAGGAUGGACUGCAUUGACUGCCACAAAUGAUGCCUCUAGAUGUUCUUGGGCCAAUGCUGCAACAAAUGAUAAGGAGGAUAUUUCAUCAACACUAUCUGAUCCAGGUCCAAUAUGGGACGCUGAACCAAAGUGGGAUAGUGAGCCUAAUUGGGGUGUAGAAAAUCCAAUUGAAUUGCCAGGACCAUCUGAUGAUGUAGAAACAGGAAUGAAAAGGGAAGUCAUGCCUCGAUAUGAAGAUAAAUGGGUUGUUACAAAGGGGCAAUUUCUUGGCAUUCUGGUUUGCAACCAUGCAUGCAGAACUGUUCAAAGUUCUCAGGUGGUGGCACCAAAAGCUGAGCAUGAUGACAGCACCAUGGAUAUGCUCUUGGUUCAUGGGAGUGGGCGACUGAGGCUGUUGAGAUUUUUCAUACUGCUGCAGAUGGGUCGUCACCUUUCACUGCCAUAUGUUGAAUAUGUAAAGGUAAAGUCGGUGAAGAUUAAGCCGGGAAAGCACACUCACAAUGGAUGUGGCAUUGAUGGUGAGCUUUUUCCCCUUAAUGAGCAAGUAAUUUCUUCUUUGCUUCCCGAACAGUGCAGACUUAUUGGUCGCUUCCCUGGUCAUCAUGUAUAAAAAAAAAUGUGCCUUCUUUUUGAAUUCUUUGAUGGCUUCUUGGGACGUCAUUGCUUUGUCAAUUGUGGUUGUGGAAUAUAGAGAAAGCCCCCACAUAGCAGAUUAGAAUACCUUUUGCUGUAUUUUGUUAGCCUGCUCGCUAUUGCACCAUUGAACAGCUGAGGUCCUUGUAAAUUUUUUGUUCCGUUAUGUGGUUGUUGUUCAUUUGUUUCAUUCCUUCUACUCUCAUGUAUCUUUGCCCUUUGUUUGCUGCCUUGUGGAAGCAGCUCAAUGUGUGGCAGCUUCUGGGUUUUUUUUUCCCCCUGUGAUCGUCUUCAAAAUGAUCUGGAGAUAUUUGUUUUGUAAAGCAUUUGGUUAUUGAUUCCCUA